UAAUAGUUCAGCUUGCAAACCGGCAACAUGGUUAAUCUGACGCUCUACGGAUUGGAUCCCAGUCCGCCAACGCGCGCCGUCAAAAUGACGCUGGCUGCCCUACAAUUAGCAUAUAAAUAUGUUAAUGUUAAUGUGCUCAAGGCAGAACAGCAUUCACCAGCUUAUCUACAAAAGAACCCACAGCACACGGUACCCAUGCUGGAGGAUGGGCCAGUUCGUUUCUGGGACUCGCACGCCAUAAUGGCUUACCUGGUGCGUAAAUAUGCCAAGGAUGAUUCACUGUAUCCCAAGGAUUUCUACAAGCGUGCAUUGGUGGAUCAACGACUGCACUUUGAGUCGGGCGUGGUGUUUGCUCAUGCUCUGAUAAGCAUAACGCGCAUGGUUCUCUUCCUAGGCCAGACAAAGGUGCCCAAAGAGCGCAUUCAGGCAAUCGUCGAAGCUUACGAUUUUGUAGAAGCCUUUCUCAAGGAUCAGGAAUAUAUUGCCGGCGAUCAGCUGACCAUUGCAGACUUUAGUCUCAUUUCCUCCAUAAGCUCAAUGGUUGCAUACGUCGAAAUCGAUCCCGUUGUAUAUCCCAAACUGAGAGCUUGGAUGCGUCGCAUGGAACAGCUGCCAGUUUAUGCAGAGAAUUCGUUAGGAGCGCGUCUCUUUAUAGCUUCAGUGAAGAAGGCAAAGUUCACAGUGGCCGAAUGAGAGAAGAGCAGAGAGCAGAGAGAUAACUGUAAGUGGCAAUUCUAUUU